AUGUCCUCUGUAUUAUAUACCCACCCGCCACGUCCAGAGAAGAUACCAGCAAGUGCUACCUCCCAGAAGAUGAGCGAAUUCAUUAAUGAGGAUCCCAAAAUCCUAGACGAAGCACAGCUGCCGCAGCGCGCCGAGGACGCGCAGGACUGGAGCGGUUUGGCGCUGAGUAAGCCAGCACAGGAGCGCCAAAAACAACUGCUACAGCUUACCGUGCGCGAUACACAGCUCGUGAGGGACGUGGCGCUCCUGGACACGCUGCUGACACAGGCGGCGCCGCCGCUGUCGUACAGCUCCGACUCAGACUCCGAUGAGGCGGACCCGGUCGACCCGCAGGAAAUCUACGACCUGAUCGCACACAUCAGCGACCCGGAGCAUCCGCUGACGCUCGGGCAGCUGGCCGUGGUCAACCUGCCGGACAUCGAGGUGCGCGACUCCGGCGACCCGCACGAGAUCGCAGAGGUGGUUGUGCGGAUCACGCCGACAAUCACGCAUUGCUCGCUGGCCACGCUGAUUGGGCUGGGGAUACGCGUGCGUCUGGAGCGCAGUCUGACACCGCGCUUCCGCAUAACCGUGCUGCUGAAGAAAGGCUCGCACCAGAGCGAGAACCAGGUCAACAAGCAGCUGAACGACAAGGAGCGCGUAGCCGCCGCAUGCGAGAACGAGCAGCUCGUGGAGGUCGUCUCCAAAAUGCUCAGCACCUGCAAGUGA